UUCGCUCGCAACAAUCGCCGAAAAGUCCGAAGUGCAUUGUGCUACAUACCACCUAUAUCGCCUCUGCAGUCCCCUUAUAAUCACGAUCACCGCGACUCGCUACGCAUAUCAUGAAGAGACAGCUCAGAGGAGGAGAAGGAGAGUCUUCCAAAGCGAAACGGCGAAAGGAAAUGCCCAGUUCUGAUCAGGAUGUCGUCGAACCCCUUACGGAAGUGGAACGCGUGAAAGCGCGUCUGGGCGAAGUGCGGGAGCAGGGCCUGAAGAUCUGGAACACGGUCAAGGAUGCGACGAACAAGGACGGACGAGUUCUUUCUAUCGCUUUCCUGAAGAAGCCCCCCAAGAAGCUCUACCCGGACUACUACCAAUUCAUUCAACACCCCAUUGCACUCGACGACAUCAAGAAACAGCUCGAGUCCAACUUCUAUCCCACUCUCGAGGCCGUCCGCCAGGAUUUCGAACUGUGCUUUGAUAAUGCGAAGACAUACAAUCGACAGGACAGCGAGAUAUGGCUUGACGCGAAGGAACUUCACAAAAUCGCAAACAAGGCCUACAAUAAAUUGGUACCAGAGGAUGAGGACACACGGCCACCUUCUUUGCAUAGGCUCGCGAAAACAAGGAUGCAGAAGCUCUUGGAGAAGACAGAUGAUGAUGGUCGAGUAAUGUCCCCUAUAUUCACCACACUACCUGACAAGAAGAUUUGGGCAUCGUACUAUGUGCUCAUCAAGCGGCCUGAGUGCUUGGAUGCUAUCAUGAAACGCAUCAAAAAGAAAGAAUAUCAUACGAUGGCGGAUUUUGCAGACGAUGUCGAGCUUGUAUUCUCUAACGCUAUGGAAUUCAACUUGGAGGGGAGCCCUAUCUGGAACGACGCCUUGUCUCUACGAGAUUAUUUCCGUCAGCUUAUGACUGAUCUUCCUCCUGCUUUUGCGGUCCCCAGAUACCAGAAGCCCUCCGCCACCAAGAUCAAGCUCAAGAUGCCGGCUGCAUCCACGGCAGCAGGACCGUCGACAACAACCGCUCCGGCACCGUCUGUUGUGCUGCGAGUCCCCACUGCGAAGGUCGCGACUACCAAAACAAAGGUCUCCACUCCUUCGGCUGCCCCAGCACCUUUGCCAAAUACUCAAUCGAUAUCGCCGGCACCCCCAAAACCUACGGCGAAGGCUGACACGUCGGAACUGCCUCCCAACACUCUCCCAUCGACGAAUAUGAUCAAACCUUCGACGCAAGCUACCGCGCCAGCGACAAAACCUACGCCUAAACCUGCCCCAGCCCUACCCCCUCCCCCAUACAUCACCACUACAUUCAAGGCUACCCCAACUCCCUUACCCGUGGCCCCGCCAGUGGCUGUCCAAGUGCCGAACCCUGUGCCACCACCAGCGCUACCGCCCAUCAUGGCGCCGGCUCCCCGUCCUGCGGCACCAACGCCAGCGCCAAUUGUGCCGACGCCCGUGCCCAAGCAAGCGAUGUCCAUGUCGAACUCGCCGGCUCCGCCGCCAAUCCCACCGAGUCACAUGCUCAAAGGCGUCUCUUUGACGAUCGAGCCGUGUAAGCGACCCUUUUUGCUGGACCAUCGAGAUGGGGUGAAGACCUGGGUCAUGCGUCUGGGGCCUGGUGAGAAUGGCAUCAGAGUCUCGGACGUUGCAUACAUGGGCGACGACGCAAGCAGCGAUGACGAGGACGAGGAGGAAGAGACUGAUGCCAUGGAUGUCGAUCAUAAGAAAAAGGGAGGGAAGAGUGCACAAGCCGCUUCUGAGGUCAAAAGAGAGAAUCGGAAGAUUAUUGAGAUCCAGGUCAAGCUAAAUGGUCUGCUCAUUUCGGAAAAGCAGCAGCAGCCAGGACAUUGGAUGGUCGAUCUUCAAACAGGCUCAAACAUCAUCGAAGUGGGAGAGAAGGGUGGUUUAGUCUGGAAAGUUUACGCAGACAGACCUGUAUAAAUAGUCGCCUGUGGUUCCAGCCGUCUUUGUUUGUAACAAAUGUAAUCUAAUCUAAUCAUCCCGUCAUCCCGACCACGAUGUCCUCCCGCGUGCGAUGCAUGUGGUAUGACGACGAUAGAAAUCCGCUUUUGGGUGGCUGUAAACCGCGUGGAGGCACUUGCUAUUACUCUCAUCCAUGGCAAGACGAGUGGAGAACUGCACAACGGCGGCAGAUGGUGAGUGUGGACCGCCCCGCCUUUUCAGACCCUUCGUAUCGCUCGGACAAGACCCGGGGCGACGAUCAAAGCAACAGCCGUCGCGCAGGACCCUCCACUCGCGACCUGCGACGCCCAGAUCACGACGACUUCGACUCAACCAGUUGGAGACCAAUUGAAGAUCCCCCGAAUCUCACAUCCAGCAACAACAUAGCUCUUUCUCAAAAUCGCCAAAGGCAAGACACUUCCCAUCGCACUGCUAUGAACCAAGCCAGCACCUCUAAACUGCCCCCACCGACCACUGGAUCAGGGAACAGCGCUUUUGGAGCAGUCUCUACCAGUGGUGACGAUGGAGGAUGGGGAUCUGGAGGUUCGUGGAGCGCGAGCGGGUCUAAUGUCUCGGGAGGCCUCCGACUCGACAAUGUCUGGGCUGGUGCGGAGCCCGACGCGUCGAAAGCGGCUUCUGGACACUGGGAUGGGCCUCCUCCUCCGAAGGCUUAUAGAACGCGUUCGAUUACUCCCCAACCUUCCAAGAAAUCUGUUUUCGAGGACCAGCACGUCCCGCCACCUGGGCCUUCACGUCGGCAGGACCUGCAACUUGAUACAACCGUCCCUCUGAUACUGGCCGACCCUGGAAGUGCCUUCCCGACUCCUGUUCUGUCGAUCACGCCUAUAUCUGCCCUUUCUCCGACCCGCUUCGUUCCUGGUUCGCGGCCAAUGACGAGAUCCGAAAUCCAUACUGCCAUCGUUCGAAACACCGUGCGCUAUAUCCGAAUCCGAAUGGAGUUUGACGAAGCAAAUGAACAACUCAAGCGAUGGCGCGUCACCCAGAAAUCGGCACAUUUCUCGCGUGUUUCACAAUCUGCCGGCGAGCAAUUGAACGAAAUCUCGCAGAGGCUCUCGCAGAGGCUGGCCGUCAUGGAGCCGCGGCUCCAGAAGGCAAAAGAAGAUCUCCUGGGCUUGCCAGACCUGCCACCUGCCAGACCGAUACUCGCUGCUGCCGAGGACGAGCUGCUAAGAUACAUGGGAAUCGUUGAGACGUGGUUAAAGCGCUUUACGCCCGCGAUGGAACCGCCUUCAAGUACCGCUGAGCCCGAUGCCAUGCUUGUCGAUCCGCCAGAAUCGCCUCCCCAGACGACCAAAGUUCUAUAUGCAGAGAUUGUCACGCGUGCGGAAGCACUGGAGACGAAGUUGGAAAGGCUGGACGAUCAAUUGCACGAGUCUCUGGGGCAGAACGAGAUCAGCGGGAAAGUUCGGCAGAUGAUGCAGGUCAACUUGAAGGCCAAGGUCGAGGAUCCCGCCCGUUCAGAACUCGACAAAGCCAUUCAAGCGGCUGCGACCAAAUCGACAGAGGCAGGACAGCUGGUUGCUCAACUCAUCAAAAGCAAUGCCGAUUUGCAGGUGCGGAUCGAUGAUCUCGGGGCUCAAAAAGAACGACGGAGAACGUUCAUCCAUAGGUUCGAGGCCCAGAUUGACGAAUUCGAGAAACAGCGUGUGCAGCGAGAGACUCAGCUUACUCUGAUGAGGAAGCAAUUCGCCAAGAUGGCCGCGCCGAUACAGCCUGCUGUGACCGCAGAGAUCAUGGAGCACACCCAGUUGCGAGUCAAAGAAAUGAUCGAUCGCGAGAUUGUGCCCGCACUCAACGCUAUGGAACUCAAGUACACCAGUGCCAUUCAACGGAGAAUGGAAAGUCUGCAGCAAGCAAUUCAACCGGCGCUUGACAAGACGGCCGAGAUCAGCGAGAGAGCGAAAGCGAUGGAGUAA